CGGGCGGGCGCGGGCCGGAGGGCGGCUGGUGCGGGCAGGAGGGCGGCGGCCGAGGAGCUUCCGGGAGCCGGGGCGCUGGCACUUCCCGGCAGAGCCUGCAGCCGGCAGCGCGGGGUCGCGCAGACUUUAAGAAACAAUACGUAACAAACGUAUGGAAAAGUGCACAGAUCCUGAGUCCCGCCAAACCACUUUUCACAGGCUUGUGUGUGUGACCUGCAUCCAGAACAAUCUCAGAUGCAUUCCUGGCCAGCUGAAGCAGAGAACAGUCACUCUACCAAGUUUGUACCUUGAUGGCUGCUCCAUGGCUCUCUCCCAUCCUGCCACACCCCCAAUGCCUGCUCUCCCAGGGUUAGUUUGGAGGCCUGCACUAUGGCUUCGCCCUCCUCCGUCCCAGCCUCUUCCACUAAGUCCAAGAAGCCUCGAGACAAAAUAGCUGAGAGGGUCUCGUUAUGCAGCUCUGGCUGGCCUGGAACUCUCUGUAGACCAGGCUGACCUUGAACUCAGAGAUCCACUGGCCUCUGCCUCUCAGACUGGUUUAGGCAGGCUUUGUUGAAGAAGCCUAAGAAGAUGCCAGCACCCCCGGAAAGCCACCCAAGUGAUGGUUCACAGAAAGCCACACAGGACGGUCUCCCACCCCUGAGCCACAACUCACCCUCCAACCGCAGCUCACCCCCAAGCCACAACUCACCCUCCAACCGCAGCUCAGGAAUGGCUCCUACCCUGCAACCAACACACAUGGACACCAGCUGCAGCAGUGGCCGCUGGAGCAAAGACUAUGACGUCUGCGUGUGCCACAGUGAGGAGGACCUAGAGACCGCCCAGGAGCUGGUCUCCUACUUGGAGGGUAGCAGGGCCAGCCUACGCUGCUUCCUGCAGCUUCGGGAUGCAACACCAGGCGGCGCCAUUGUUUCUGAACUAUGCCAGGCCCUGAGUAGUAGUCACUGCCGUGUGCUUCUCAUCACGCCAGGCUUCCUCCGGGACCCCUGGUGCAAGUACCAGAUGCUGCAGGCCCUGACGGAGGCCCCGGGGGCGGAGGGUUGCACCAUACCCCUGCUAUCGGGUCUGUCCAGAGCCGCCUACCCGCCGGAACUCCGAUUCAUGUACUAUGUGGACGGCAGAGGCCAGGAUGGUGGCUUUUACCAAGUCAAGGAGGCUGUCAUACGCUAUCUGGAAACACUAAGUUGACACUUGAGUUUUCAUGAGAAAAGUUGGAGAUAGCUCACUCCAGGUGCUGGAUUCCAGUAGCUAUGGCCUCAGACGCCAGCUCCAGCUGCACUGUGGACCUGGCACAGGGAUUUGCCACCGCUUCCAUUACUGGGGGCUCCACAAGAAGGCCGGGAGGAUGCUCCCCACCACCACCAAGGAAACCAGGAGGAAGAUGGGGAUUCCCCAAGAAGGGCAGAAGGAGCCAGGGACUCUCCCAGGAAGGCAACGAGGAAGUCAGAAAUUGGAGUUGUCAAGAGAUUGUGACGUCAGGAGGGGCAGCAGUGUCUAGUCUGCUGCUUAACUGAACAGGAAGCUGACACACAGCGCUUUUCUUCUCCGGAGUCAAUAGGUACCACUCCUCCCUGAGGGGUGAGCCUGACUGAUGAACUAGAAGUCAAUGCUCUUUCUCAAUUGCCUGGGAAACCAGGGAGAGAUGGCAGGUAUCGGGUCCUUCACACGCACACUACUGUAGCUCUUUCCUAGAGACAUUAACUCACUUUACAGAGCUGGAGGAAAGGCACGUCCAGCCCCACACUGAAUACCACUUACUGAACAACAAAAAAAGGUUUGAAAUACAAACCUUGCCAGGCGGUGAUGGCACAGGCCUUUAGGAGGCAGAAACAGGCAGAUCUCUGUGAAUUCAAGGUCAGCCUGAUCUACAAAGCAAGUUCCGGGGCAGUCAGAGCUGUAGGAAACCCUCUCUCAAACAACAACAAUAACAACAAAAGCAAGCCUAGGGGCUGGAGAGGUGGCUCAGUGGCUAAUAACUCUUGUUGUCUUUGCAGAGGAUCCGGGUUCAAUUCCAAGUAUCCACAUGGUAGUUAUAAAUAAGGCUCACAUGCUUAUUUAUAACUCUGCUUCCAGGGGAUCUAAUGCCUUCUCUGACCAGGACCUCCUUAGGCACCAGACACACAUAUGGAACACAUACGCUCCUGCAGGCAAAACAAUCAUACUCAUAAAGAAAUCUUUUUCUAAAAAGUUAGAAAUGCAAAUCUAGGGUUAUAGGUGGAGUUGGUGGUAGAACACUUGCUUAGCAUGUAUGAGGGCUUGGCUUCGACCACUGGCACCAUCAAAAUGAAAAAACCAAACAAACCUGGAAACCAUUCUGAACGCAUGAGCAAGUAGGGAGAAGGAAAAGCAGUGUGCAGGACUCAGCUUCUUCACCUGGAUCCUUUAACACAUAGGACCUCCUCCGACAUCUGCUAGAGCCCAUGCUUCAUAGCACCUGUCUUUAUGAUGAACUGAAAGGAAUCAAUGUUCUCAAUCUAGCACAGGGUGUGUUCCCAGGGAGAGGCAAGGCAUCCCUAUCUUCUCAAUGAGAACAGAAACAUGGUCAGCCGUCACUGUCUCCCCUGGUGUAUACCCUUAGCCUCUUCUCUUCCUUUUGCCAUGUCCCUUUAUAGAAAACAAACUAUUUUUAAAUUAUGAUUUUUUGUUACAUACAAAAUAUCUAAAGGAUGCUACAGCAUACUCAUGCACCUACCACUUUAAUAUAAAAAAUACAGUAAACAAACCUUAUUCCCAACAUGCUUGUUUCUGUUGUGUUCUGAGUUCCAGGCCCCUAAUGUCUCCUAACAGAAAUAACCACUAUUUUGAAUUAAUUUUGAACUUACUGUGAGCUUUUCGGUAUGAGGUUUCUAUAGAUAGAUGCAUCCCAGCAAAAUGUUAUUUAUUUUUAUGACUUUAUCUUUUAUACACAGUGCAUCACAAUGUGUGUUUCCGUUGUUUGACGUGUUUGUGAGGUACGUUGAUGUUAUGAUAUGUCACUCAUGAGCUUCCUCUUGUUCUGGGUCAGCAGUUCUCAGUCUGCGGUCGAGCAUUCCUUUCACAGAGGUCACGUGUCAGAUGCUCCACUUGUCAAAUAUUUAUGAUUCAUAACAGGAGCAAAAUUACAGCUAUGUAGUAGCAACAAAAAUAAUUUUUAUGUUUGGGAGUCGCCACAACAUGCGAAACUGUAUUAAAGGGUUACAACAUUAGGAAGGUUGAGAACCACUGUUCUAAAGUCUCUUUAAAACAAAGUCUAGGUCCUUUCUCCCUAAACAUUUAGUUACGUUCCUCUAAAUCAUGAGGGUUUUUUUUUUUGAGCACGAUAAAGUUCUAUUUUCAUCUUAAUAUAAAAUACUGUCUAUGACGUUGUAGCCAGCGCUUUUGUGUCUUACAAAGUCCUGUGUAAUUCCUACCUUCUACAGUCAAUCUUAAAAAAAAAAAAAAAGCUGGUUAUAUCUUCUUCCAAAGUAUUUCUAUUAAUAUUUAGAUCUUUCCUCCACUUGGGGUUGUUUUUGUUUGUCUGUUACUUGUUUUCUUUUGGUUUUUGGAAACAGGAUCUGUCGCCUAGAUCGACCACAAACUUGAGAUCUUCCAAGCUCAGCCUCCCAAGCCCUGGGAUUUCACACAUUAUAAGCUAUCAUGCAUGGUUUGCUCUUGGUUUUCAAGUCAGAAAUCCAAUUCUUUUCUAUCAGUUACAUCCUAUCUCCACUGAUAGCUGUUUGUUGUUUUCUGUUUAUUUGAGGUAGGAUCCCACUGUGUAUCCCCGGCUGGCCUCAGACUCAGAGAUCUGUCUGCCUCUGGUCUCCAGCGCAGUGCUGGGAUUAAAGGUGUGCACCACCAGACCCAGCCACUGCUGUUGCAUGCUGUCGCGUGUCCGUGUCUGUUGCUGGUUCUCUGGUCUCUUUCAAGUAGACCCUGUGUUAGUACCACAGGUCUUUAAAAAGCUUUAAUACCCUGAGGAUCAGUUCUUCCCACUCUUCUUGUUUAUCAAAAUUACUCCAUCUUUUCUUAAUUUGUACUUCUCUGCUUUGUUUAUUCACACUGUCAGUUGCCAGGAAAAAGUCUAUAUUUUUAUUGGAGUUACGUUUAGUUUAUGGAUUUGGCUAGGAAAAGCAGGCUUUUUAUGAUAAAGCCUUCCUAUCCAUAAAGGAACAUCUCCACUUAUGUCUUUAAAUGUAUUUCAAUAAAGUUAUAUAAUAUUUUU